AUGAAGUCACCCUACAUUCUGUUCACUUCGCUUUGCGCCAAUAUCGCGUUCGUCGGUGCAUUGCCUGCCGACAAGGCCGUGCUUCUCCUGAAUGAUGGCUCUGCCAGAACCAUCGACAAGAAAGAUCUCAGUGCCAACCUACCUGGCGUGUCUCUCUCGCCACCUACCAACUCGCUUCCGCAAGUCUUGGAAACUGGGAGCAUCGACUCUCUUCCCACAAGACAUUUGAGCAAGCGCUCUGGUGCUCAAUUUAUCAUUCCCCUUCCUGAUGAGCAAUUUCUCGGCUGGGACAUCCCAAUGUCUACUAUCGUCCAUGCCAACGAGGCUGAUGCUACUGUCGCUAUGGCACAAGGCCAAUUCAUCGCGAACAGUAUCUCUGUCGGCACCUCAUUUACGGCUACAGUCGAGAAGUUCCUACAAAUCGGCACCACCAUCAACUACCAGUGGACUGAGACGGCCACUCUCACCGGCACGGUCACAAUGACGAUCCCCAAAAACAAAUGGGGCGCCAUUAUCAGCAAUCCCUUGACCUAUCGCAAGAGCGGUUACGUUUUCAGUGGACAACCUGGCAAUGGGCAGUAUGAACAUUUCCAGGCAGAUUCUUUCACACAGGAUACAUACUCCUAUGGACAGAAUUCCCUGUCUUGGGUUAAGGGCGUGGUUACAACUUGUCUGGGAGAUUCUUAUCCUUUGAAGCGUUGCCUCGGGGAGGGUGAAAUGGAAUAG